AUGGUUUACACAGCAGCAAUGACAUUAAAUAAUUUCAAGCCAAAGGAGAAGCAAUCAUUUCUAAAGUGUAUGGAAACCAAUUUGAAAAGAUUCCCCAUUGAAACUGCUUUGAAUGGUUUGAAAUAUAUCAACGAUAAGGAACGCAAUAUGUGGGAGAGGGGCUAUUAUUUAUUAUCCUUUGUGGUAAAUUUCCUAAUGGGCAUUUAUAUGACCAUUUAUUUUCUAAAUAAAUGGAAAAGUACCCCUGUUAUCAUCAGUGUGAAUUCGGAGACCACAUCGAUUACUGAUAUACCAUUUCCCUCAGUGACAUUUUGCAACAUGAAUCAGGCUAUACGCAGUCGAGUUAAAGAUUUUUCCGAAAAUUCUCCCGAGUAUGCAUUGUUGCAGAAGAUUUGCUUUCGGAAGUUCAACUUUACUGGCUAUAGUAACUUCAAGCCUCGUUGUGAAGGUGACACACUUGGCAAAUUUAUAACAAAGAAUUCACAAAGUUGUUCAGAAAUGUUCGUUUUCUGCAAAUUUGGUCCAAAUGAAGAAAAUUGCACGGAUUUAUUUCGUGAAAUUCUUUUGGACGAAGGCUUGUGCUGUGUUUUCAAUCAAGUUCAUCCAUUAUUCUUAUUCAAGGGAGAACACAAACUAAUACGCGAUUACACUUCGUCCAAUGGUAGCACCAUCAUACCAAUCAAAUGGACUUUUGAAGAUGGUUAUGUGAAACCAUUACCAAAACAAUUUUAUCCUCGUCCAGCUUUAGGUCUAGGUGUAUCAAUGGGUUUGACAGUGGUACUAAAUGCAAAUCAAGAUGAAUAUUUUUGUUCAUCCACCAAUGGUGCAGGAUUUAAGAUGCUUCUAUACAAUCCCAUCGAUUUGCCUCACAUCAAGGAGGCUGGUCUACCCAUUGAAUUGGGCCAGCAAACACGUGUUCGCCUCAAUACCAGAAUCAUGUCUGCAGCACCUACAUUGCGUGAAGUAUCGCCCAAAGAAAGGCAGUGCUAUUUUAGCGAUGAGAAACAAUUGCUCUUUUACAAAUACUACACUCGACGCAAUUGCGAAUUGGAAUGCGAUACCCAAUUGAUAUUGAGAUUGUGCAACUGCAUUCCCUUUAAUAUGCCCAUGAUAGUGGAGAAUUCGAGUGUGUGUUUUCUUCAGCAUAUGAGUUGUUUGGAUAUGGCCAAUCACCUCCUGGAUGAUGAACAAACGAAAGCUUGCAAGCGGGAAUGUCUUACCGGUUGCCACGAUUUGCUUUAUUAUCCCGACUUUUUUAAAGCAUCAUUUAUCAAACGUAGAUAUCAAGUGCAAGACCCAUUUUUUGCUAAUUUUUCUGAGGAGAUGAUGCAACAUGAUUUGGCCCAAGUCUCAAUCUAUUAUAAAUAUAAUUUCGUACGUGGUCAUAUUAAAGCCCCUUACACAGGAUUAACGGAGUUUUUGUCCCAAACAGGUGGCGUUCUGGGUCUUAUGAUCGGUUUCAGUGUCAUGUGCCUUGCAGAAAUUUUCUAUUUUGGUUUUUUAAAGUCUUUUAUAGAUGUUUACUUGCGCAGACCUCCACAAAAGCUGUCGCCGACGGAUGAUGGUGUUGGUGGUGAUGGAAAGUCGAUCAACAUGCAAGAGUCUGCUUGUGAGCUCAAUUCUCCCGUCAUCGCUCUAUCGUCAUCUCUCAAUUCGGCUGCGAUGACUUCGUUGACAAUGUCGCUGUCUGAAUCUGAAUCAGAAACCUCGCCUUUACUCAAAGGCUGGGGACGUACUAUGCAUCCCUCUGGUUUAUCCGUGUCUUCCCCAUUUGUUAGUCUGACGACUGGUUGUGCGCUUGAGUCUUUGGGGCCUACUCCUGAAAAGCUCUACAAUUUUUCGUAA